CUAAAAUUUAGCUUAGCUCACUUUUAACCUCUAACCAAACAGCCCCUCAAUUCCAACCACAGACAGGACCCCACAAGCCCACACACCCAGCUAGAUGCUACCAAUCCAACAACACACAGGCCAGGGUAUGGUACAGUUUAUAUAAAUACAGCUCCUGACAUGCAGUAGCUCAGUAUGACCACCGAUUCAAAUGUCUGAGAACAGGGGCAUUGAAUCAUUUCCAGGGGAGAUAAUGGUCUUCAGGUCAGUACCAGUAAAAGACAUCCAAUGGGGUAACGCUAUUGCAAGGGACCAAUGGAGACUUAGGGUAAAAAACAAGUCUGCAGAUCACACAACAAACAUACAAAGGGACAGGUGAACCAAAAACAACAGGAAGAACAGGAGGCGAACAAUAAGAAAUGUUGUGAAAAUUCGUGCCAAAUUGAUUUUUUUAUAAGUUUGAAACUGAGUCGUAACGGAUCAUGGUAUAGGAUAAGACGCCAACGGUGUCUAUCUGAUCUGAUUCAGCAGUACUGAACUCCUGCUUGGCUGGAAAAUACUGUAGCAGGGUUAGUAUUUUCAGGAAUAGCGGAUGCAUGUUCAUGUAAAACUGAAAGCGCGCUGAUUUCUUGCAAAAGAAAUUUCAGUGAGUUGAUAUUACAAAAACAGACACCAUCAAUCAUGUCAAGAUCUCUGCGGAUUUCUUUUCUGAACUCUACUCAUCUGUUAAUUCCAUUCUGAAAAAUAAAAAACAAUCUGUGGAGGAGUAUUCUAACAGAAAAAAUAGCAAUUAACAGCUCGGAGAUAGUAGUCAAGUUAGAAGCCAAGACACAGGUGCAUGGUUACGGUGAUUCAAAAGCAUAAAGGCAGAGGUACAUUCAACAAUGCCGUCACUGCACUGCUGCGCGCACCUGCCAUUGCUCUGGGAUUUCUUGGAGUGGCAUUGAAGCCUACUUUAGCUGCCUGUGUACUUGCCUGGCGCCAUUCCUUGCACCUCACUGCCUUCUCAGCUUUCUACCACACUCACUCCUGAGUCCUGAGCAAAGAACCCUAUCCUCUGUUCUCCCUCUGUCAAUCCAUUCCCUCCCCUUGAAAUGGUUUGAUGCCUGCAGCCAUGUCCAGUCUCUCCAGACGCCUCCUGCUCUGCCUCUUCUCGAUCGCAUGCUUAGCCGGUCUUCUCUUCUUGAUCGGCAGCAACAGCGAGAAGAGGAGGGAACCUGACAAUGGCCAUGCAAAGUUUAGAUUGCUGCGUGGUCUUAACACUCUUAACCUGAGGCAGAAGCAGAAUCAUAGCCAUGGACUCUCUCCAGCCCCGGCUCCAGCACGCGCUCACUUGCCUCUGCUCCACAAAAACGACGCGCGGCUCCCGGUCCCCAGAAAAGUCGCGCACAAGAAAGGAAACGCCACGGCGCAGAGCCCGCGCGACGGGGGAGCUGAGCACGGAAGCAAGAAGAAAAACAUGCAGCUCGUCUUCGUCGCCGCAGCCGCGGCGCUGUCCGGGGCGGCGCUGGUCCUCCUUGCCGUCCUGGUGGUGUUCCUGACGUGCAGGAAGUUUCAGGGGAGACGCAGGGGUGAGGACCUGAACGGCACUAACAAAGUGAGCUUCGAGCCGGGCCCGGGCCUGUUCUACCUGGACACCAUCAAGCCGUACCUCGAGGCUGGCCACGACGACGGCGGGGGAAAGGCGCCGCCGGAAAUGGCCGAGCCGAAGGAUGACGAACCCAAGUGCGAAGAGGAAGGCAAUGGAGAUUGCUCCGACGACGGCGCCGAGUCGGUCCACUCGUCGUGCUGCUUCCAGUCGUCGCAUUUCGCCUAUUCCGAGCUGCGGGACGCGAAAGGCAGCCAAGCCGACAGCGUAUCGCCGUCGCCCUCUGGCUGGUCGAAGCGGCGGAGCUCUGCCCCGACGACGCCUUCAGACAUGAAGAAGGUUGUGAGACCGUAUUCGCCGCUGUGCCCGCGCACGCCCAGCAAUGAUGACAGGGUCCGCCGUGCCCUCUCCCCUUCCUCGUCGGCGUCCGUGUUGACAGCGCAGUCGCUCAAUGAUCAGGAGCUCCAGGGAACUGCUCAAUCCGUCAAGUCAAAACUUCAGAGCAGCAGCGCGUGCCACGUAAAAGAAGCAGAAGCAGAGGCAGACACCGUGAGCUCGGAUGCUGCAAGUGGCAAUACUGUGCCACCGCCGCCACCUCCUCCUCCUCCGCCGCCAGUGGUAAAACAACAGCAGAGCGUGCAGACAACCUGUGGUCCGGCUGUCCCCCCACCGCCGCCGCCGCCGCCGCCGCCGCCACUGCUAGUACCACAACAACAGAAUGUUCAAAAGAGCAGCGGUCCAGUCCGCCCGCCGCCGCCCGCGGCGCCGGGUCUGUUCAGGCAGAGCGCACCAGUCGGGAGGAACGGCGUGCCGUUGCCCAAGCUAAAGCCGCUGCACUGGGACAAGGUGCGCGCCGCGCCCAACCGGCGGAUGGUGUGGGAUAGGAUCCGAUCCAGCUCGUUCGAAUUGGACGAACAGAUGAUCGAGUCGCUGUUCGGUUACAACGCCGCGAGGAGCUCAAUGAAGCACGAGGAGGCCCAGAGUCGGAGCCCCUCGCUCGGCCACCACGUCCUGGACCCCAAGAGGCUGCAGAACAUCACCAUCCUAAUGAAGGCCUUGAACGCCGCCGCCGAGCAAAUCUACGCCGCUCUGCUGCAGGGGAACGGCUUGUCGGUGCAGCAGCUGGAGGCACUGAUGAAGAUGGCGCCGACCAAGGACGAGGUCGACAAGCUCUCGAGCUACGACGGCGACGUCGGCAGCCUGGUCCCGGCCGAAAGGCUCCUCAAGGUGUUGCUCACGAUACCGUGCGCAUUCGUGCGCGUCGAGGCCAUGCUGUACCGGGAGACCUUCACCGACGAAGUCGGCCACAUCAGGAAGUCGUUUGCGAUGCUGGAGGAUGCGUGCACGGAGCUGAUGUCAAGCAAGCUGUUCCUGAAGCUGCUGGAGGCCGUGCUGAAGACCGGGAACCGCAUGAACGUCGGGACGGCGCGAGGCGGCGCCAUGGCGUUCAAGCUCGACGCGCUGCUCAAGCUCGCCGACGUCAAGGGCACCGACGGGAAGACCACGCUGCUGCACUUCGUGGUCCAAGAAAUGAUCCGGUCGCAGAGGCCACCUAUGCGCACGGCGGAGGGGGACCUCGUCGCCGGGCUCGCAGCCGAGCUCACCAACGUCAAGAAGACAGCGACCGUCGACCUGGACGUGCUCACCUCCUCGGUGUCUAGCCUGUCGCACGGCCUGUCCCGGAUCAAGGAGCUAGUAGGGAAGAACCUAUCCGGCGACGAGAGGAGCCAGUGCUUCGUUGCAUUGAUGGCCCCGUUUGUCAGCCAAGCCGAGGAGGUGAUCCGGGAGCUGGAGGACGGCGAGCGCCGGGUUCUGGCGCACGUCAGGGCCAUCACCGAAUACUACCACGGCGACGUCGGCAGGGACGAGGCGAGCCCCCUCAGGAUCUUCGUCAUUGUCAGGGACUUCUUAGGGGUGCUGGAGAGGGUGUGCAAAGAGGUGAGGGGAGCCAAGAAUUGCCAUGGAUCAAAUCCUGUCCUGAAUAAUGUAUGACCGAUACUGCAAAACGGGGGAAAGAACAACAUUGUAAUUCUUGGUUUUGCGUUGUUCUUGAUCUUGUGAGGCUAGGAAUGAAUUCGUUGUAGAUCAGAAACAUGUCUGAAUGUCUCUCCUUCCUUUUUACGUGCAUUCGCGUCCAACAUAGGCUU